AUGUUUUACUUGCAGCAAAAUCAUACCACAACAGAGUCCUACUCUCUAUGGGCAUCGAGUCCUACAAAAGCAUCUCAAUCAGUUCCAAAGAUUCCAUCCGAAGUUCUUCAAGAUCUUUCGUUCCGGUUUUUGGCGAAUAUUCCAGAUGAGGAGAAGUCGGACAAGGUUCGAAUGUGCUUUCAAGUGGAAUUGGCGCAUUGGUUCUAUAUUGACUUCUAUUGUAAACAAGAGGAAAGGAAGGAUUGUGCUCAAAUGGGAAUGCGAGAGUUUGCCAGGCAGAUUUUCAAACACUGUGAUGAGUUAGCCCCUUACGCCACACACGUGGAUCAGGUGAUUGACGAGUGGCGUUGGUACAAGUCUACGGUCCCUACUUAUGGUGCGAUUCUACUGGAUGAGACACUGAACCACGUGCUACUCGUGCAGGGAUUUUAUGCAAGCAAGAACAGCUGGGGUUUCCCCAAGGGGAAGGUCAAUGAGGGCGAGGAGCCACGCAGCUGUGCUGUGCGUGAGGUCUUUGAAGAAACAGGAUUCAAUUUCGGCGAUCAUCGCCCUCGAGGUGGAGAGAAGAAACUGCAGAAAUUUUUGAAUGAAACUAUGGUGCGGUUGUACAUCGUGCCGGAUGUCCCUACUGACUUUCCCUUUGCACCACAGACACGGAACGAGAUCAGGAAGAUACAAUGGUUCAACGUCUGGGAUCUACCAACGGAUCGCAACGAUCAGUUUCAUCGGUUGGGUAUUCUAUCCAACCACAACUUCUACACUGUAAUGCCAUUUGUGCAAGAUCUACAAAAAUAUAUUGUGCGAGAGCAGGAGAGAAGGGCACUUGCUGUGGGUUUCAUGUCUAUCAUUUGGAACAACAUGGCUCGGGGGUCUACUGACAAGGUAGUGCCAACAAUAGCGCAUCCCAUUGCGAUACCUGCCCACGCGGCACCUCCGCCUCUUGUUAAUCGACCUAAACAAGCAAGGAUCAGCCUCAGUGAGACAUCGGUAAAAGGCGAAAAUGCUGUAGAUUCAAUAUUAAUAGGUCUGCUUAAUUCUUUUCCGCUUUAG